UCUCUCGCGCUCUCUUUUUCUCGAUCCAUCUGUACCCUCCCUCCAUCCUCUUCAAAUGCAUCACAGCCUCCUGCCGAGCCCUCGGCCACUGAAACGCUCCGAGCCACGGUCAUGUGACAUCAGCCUCCAACCACUCUCCAAGGAGCACCGGCAAAAAGAGGGGAGUGUCUCUUUUCCCCCUCUCCUCCCUCCUUUGUCUCCCUCCCUCUCACUGAGUCAGACAGCAGGGUUGUGUGUCUGAAGCAAAGGCUCCAUGGAGGAGAGAUAUCGUCUCUACCAGCGAUACAUUGCCUGAGAGAGACAGAAGAAAAAAGGAUUCCCUUCUUUCUCUCCCUCGUUGAGGAACAGAGGAUGAAUGGAGAAGCGAUGGACAUGUCCCUGGAGUCAUCAUCCCUGAUGGUGGAGCAAGGCACCGUCGGGGGGGUGUCAGCGGCACCAGAACCGGCAUCCACAGCAGCAGCCGGUAACGGCUCCCUGCCUCCUCCGCCCACCAUGGCCCCGGCCAUCCCGCCCUACGUCAAGCUUGGCCUCACCGUGGCCUACACUGUCUUCUACUCGCUCCUCUUUGCCUUCAUCUAUGCCCAGCUGUGGCUGGUGCUCCGAUACCGCCACAAGCGCUUCAGCUACCAGACGGCAUUCCUCUUCCUGUGUCUGCUGUGGGCCGCGCUGCGCGCCCUCCUCUUCUCCUUCUACUUCCGCGACUGCGUCACGGCCAACGCGCUGGGUCCCUUCACCUUCUGGCUGCUCUACUGCUUCCCCGUCUGCCUGCAGUUCUUCACGCUAAGCCUCAUGAACCUCUACUGCGCCCAGGUUUACUUCAAGGCAAAGUCCAAGUAUACCCCAGAGCUCCUUAAAUACAAGCUCCCCCUCUAUCUGGUCUUCUUGGCGGUUAGUUUUCUCUUCCUGGUGGUCAACCUGGCCUGUGCCCUGCUGGUUAAGAUGACCGCCACCGAGGUCAAGACCAUUGUCCUGGUCAGAGUCACCAUCAACGAUACGCUCUUCGUGCUCUGUGCCAUCUCGCUGUCCGUCUGCCUUUACAAGGUGGCUAAGAUGUCCCUGGCCAGCAUAUACCUCGAGUCCAAGGGAACGUCAGUGUGUCAGGUGACAUUGAUUGGCGUCCUGGUGGUCCUACUGUACGCAUCACGGGCCUGCUACAACCUGGUGGUGCUGGCUCUGACCGACAUUGAGACCAUCAACUCAUUCGACUACGACUGGUACAACGUGUCUGACCAGGCUGACUUGAGGUCCACUCUGGGGGACGCUGGUUACAUCGUGUUCGGGGUGAUCCUCUUUGUCUGGGAACUGCUGCCAACCUCCCUGGUGGUUUUCUUCUUCAGGGUCCGCAGGUUGCCACAGGACAGGAGUGGAUCAGGGAUCCCAAACCACGUGCUCUCUUCCAGAGGUUACUUCUUUGACAACCCCCGUCGGUACGAUAGCGACGAUGACCUGGCGUGGAGCAUCCCUCCUCAGAACAACUCAGCAAGCCUAGUUACAGACUGCUACGACUGGGGCAGCCGCAACAGCAGUUUCACUGUACAAACGGGGACGGACGAACAACGGUUGGCACCGGUGACGGGAGAGCUCCAUCCAUACUGAGACUUAAGUCCAGGGUAGGGGGUCAAUUCCAUUUCAAUUCAUUCAAAUUCAGAAUUUUCCAAAUUGAAAAGCAAAAAAAUGGUAUUGACCCUAACUCUGAACCAGUCCACACUGCACUGUACAGCACCACAAUGCACUUUGUAAACUUUGACACUUCUUGACAGCAUCUGUAUUUUGUCCAUCAGCCACCGUAUUGCAUUAGUCACUUAGUGAUAAUGUAGACCAGUGGUUCCAAAACUAUUUAACUCGGGGGGGCCCCCCUUCCAUCAUUGGGGAACAUCCCGUUAGCCGACAUGGGCUAGUUGAUCUGGACAUUUCUGACAAGUUAUAAAAUAGCGCUACGGUAUUCAAUGACUGACAUGACAAGAGGAAAACUGAUGAUACACUACCCAAAAUUGUGCCUUGUGCAUUCUACUAUAACAACUUUCAAAAUUAAGUUGAAAACCAGACUGAGUUCCUUAAUUUUUUAUUUUUUUAACUCUGCAUCCCCCUGUCGACCACCCCACAGUUUGGGAACCAGCUAGACAUUUUAGAAAGUCAUCUAGAAAACCUGUGAAAUAAACCCAUAUAAUAAGAUAGCACUAAGUCAUGCACAAACAUAUACAUCAAGGUAGUUAACCUUAGACAAUAUCAAUAUACUAAAGCCUGUAUAGAACAAUGACACAAAUAAACAAAAUCAUGUCAUAUCUAUAUCCACAGUAAAUAUGACUAUGAACAUACAUUAAUUUAUUGGCGAUGUGAUGGUGAAAAAGAUGGAUUCUAUAUUUCUAACAGGAAGUUAAUGUAAUGGAGAAAGUUUCACUGAUCAGAUGCUCUAUUUAUUUUGUCUGCUUUUGUCUGGAUGUAUCGUGAUCGGUAUUGACACAACCAUGAAUAAAAGGACAUUGGGGUGUGACACUCAAUGUGAGGAUAUCCUACGGUUCUUGAUUUAGUCACUAGAUGAAACUGAAUUGUACCCCAACAUUGUCUACAAUUUACUUUAUGAUAGGAAAGGUCAGAACAAGUCCCAAUAACAGAACCCUUUUCAUGGUUUAUUGGUAAAAAUGACUUACAAAUAUUAAAUUAAGCGUCUGGAGCAGGUGUAUUCAAAUUUUACCUUACGAGGUCCAGAGCCUGCUGGUUUUCUAUGAAUUAAUUGCACCCACUUAGUGUCCCAGGUCUAAAUCAGUCCCUGAUUAAGGGGGAACAAUGGUUUUGAGGGGUAUAUAGUAUACCUUUCUGUUACGGUGAGGUCAAAUAGUAUUGUUCUGAACGUGUUUGUACAUAAUGGAUCAUGGUACAAAUCUGAAAAAGAUGCAUAAAAAGUUGAAUGACAACCAGAAAUAUUUAUUCCUCUGUUCAAAUAAAUAUAAUCAAACAAGAAUACACAUCAAUACAGGUGCAACUAAUUAUAUAAUCAUACAGCUUUGAAAAAAGUUGUCAUUUUCCUUUUACAAAUAGUACAACUUUCUGGGUAUUCUGAAUGUUAAAGGCAGAGAGGAGAAAGCAGAAGAGCGUGGAGAUCAUUGGAAACAAAAUGGUGAAUUUCAUCCAAGAAAGCAGGCUCAAGCUUUUUUUAAUGAUUUUUUUCAAAACAGUUUUUUUGAACUUAAGGCAGACAAGUGGAUUGCACAGGACUUUCUGGGGUUUUAGAAAGCAUGCGAGGCCCAGACAGACACACACGCUUUUUCUCUAAGAUAAAAUAUCUUGUCCAUUUCCUUCAUUUUAAGCAAAGGAACAGCUUGUUCUAUCUCCAUAGCAUUCACAUUCACGGCGACAUUAGCGUUGCUGUUUAUGUUAGCAUAAGCAUCAGCUAGCUAGCACUUGACUCAAAUCCUACUUACUGGACCCCAUGUCUACCUUUGUUUGGAUUGAGAUUUUCUUUUACAAAAAUGUGAUACAAAGUACUACCCAGGUAUUGUCUGGCUACCAAUAGUUUGAUCUUUACACAUAAGGCGAACCUCACUUGCAACAUUUUCUACCCAAUGUUACCGAAGGGGGUGAUGAUGCACAAACUAAAAACUUAUAUGGUGGAAAAACUCAAAUGUGCUUUGACAUGAUAGAAAAGAAAAAAGGCAACAUAAAAUCUUUGGUCCACAUGGUGAAAUACCUACUUCAGACAGAAAUCAAACAUGUAUAGUGUGUGGAACGUUAGGGCUGUUUUCCUAAAGAAGUUAAACACGCUUCAUGUUAUGUUUCCUUGCCACGAUACUAACGAGUAUCGCCAUACUGGUAUCGUCCCAGUCCUGAAGGGCAAGACAGUAUAAAAAGGUUGUGUGACGUUAAAUGCCAUUACGUGUAUCCAUUUUGAAUUGAUUUACAUGGCAAGCUCACCAAGACACCCCAGUGAACUUAACCCAUCACGGGGGAACAAACCCCCCCUGCUUGUUUCGAGUUGCUUCUACUCACACCAUUGGCUACAUUCUCCAUUAUACUUUAACAGUACUCUUCUCCAACAUGGCAGCUUCACAGCAUGACAGCUUAUUUAAGUGAACUAUGAAACAAAUACUGGCGUGGCUUUUCAUUGCCAUGGAAACACCUCUUACACAUUUGGGAUUGCCAUCACCCUGGCUAGUCUCGACUUUCAUAAAACCAAUAAAAUAAGAAUAAAACACCAGGAACCGUUCU